UGUUUAUUCAUCCAAUGGGGGAAGGUCAGAGAAUGGUCGUGGACGGGCAAAAAGGUCAAAACCAGAUGAAUUGACAUGAUUCAUUUUAAGGACUUGCUCAUAAAACAAUAGAUAUUUAUAGGGCGAGGGAAGUUAAAAUCAACACAUUCAACAAGGGUACUGCACGCAGCAGUUGUAACAGUUAUAAGCACUUAGUAACAAAAUGUGUCCUUUGGAUGUGUGUUGUUUAGAGUAAAGAAGACGGGGUCUAUGGCGCAUAUCUUCAUGGCCCCACCGCCAGGACUCCUGCCCCCACCAAGCCUCUUUUCCCCCGCACAGCAUAUUGAGACAGAGUCGCUAUUGUUCACCGCGGAGCAGCCUGUGUGUGGACCGUGGAACAAGGAAGACACCGCGCCACACGGUCGUCACCUACCUGUUGAAUAUUACCUAGUGUUUAAUGAUCGAGUCAGGUGUUGGGUUGACAACUUACUCACUGUCGGAGAAUAAAGUCGAACCUGGGGAUAAAGGAUAGUCAGUCGAGUUUAGUCGAGGUAAAGACCGGAUUUAUCAACAGACCAGAAACAGAUUUAUUGACGCCGCCACACGAUGCCUUUAGGACUGAGACGAAAGAAGAACAAGUCGAGGGAGAGCUCGAACCUGGUGGAGAAUGAGGAGGUCGGUGGACACACCGGUGGGCGCUCCGUGAAGUCGACCGUAAACGGAGCGGGGCUCCCACCGCCACCUGCCAACCUGCGGCCCAAACUAGUGUUCCACACUCAGCUCGCCCACGGCAGCCCCACGGGAAGGAUCGAGGGAUUUAAUAACGUCAAAGAACUCUACGGGAAAAUAGCUGAGACGUUCAAUUUAAGUCAACCGGAGAUCCUGUUCUGUACAUUGAACACCCAUAAGAUCGACAUGGAGAAGCUGCUUGGUGGUCAGAUCGGCCUGGAGGACUUUAUAUUCGCCCACAUUAAAGCCAUUAAGAAGGAGGUGGAGGUGUUUAAGUCAGAGGACGCCCUGGGCCUCACCAUCACAGAUAACGGGGCGGGAUACGCCUUCAUCAAGCGUAUCAAGGAGGGCAGUGUGGUGGACAAGGUGAAGGUGAUCUCUGUAGGAGACCACAUAGAAUGCAUCAACGGGAAGAACAUUGUGGGAUCACGUCACUUCGAGGUGGCUCUCAUGCUGAAGGAGCUGCCGAAAGACCAGAAGUUCACUCUCAAACUGGUGGAGCCCAUGAAGGCCUUCGAGAUGCUGGAGCCGCGGUCAAAGGGAGCCAAGGAGGCCAGUGACAAUAAGAUGGGGACAGGGAGAGGGACUCUGAGACUUCGCUCCAGGGGCCCUGCUACCGUAGAGGAAGUGCCUACAGAGUUUGAGGAGAGAGCAGUGAAGAAGGUGGAUGACCUACUGGAGACUUACAUGGGUAUCAGAGAUACAGAACUGGCGGCGACCAUGGUGGAGGUGGGUCGGGACAAGAAGAACCCUGAUGAGUUUGCCAUGGCUCUGGACGAGGCUCUCGGGGACUUCGCUUUUCCUGACGAGUUUGUGUUCGACGUCUGGGGCGCUAUCGGAGACGCCAAACAGGGACACGUUUUAACUUUCCCCUGAUUCCUUGGCCUGGUCCCAGAUCUGUUUACAGCUGGCAAGACCUCACAAACAGAUCUGGGACCAGGCUACCAAUCCCCCUGAGUACCACAGCUCCACGUCCUCAACCAGCCAACUGGACAAAUACCAGCCAGUAGAGAAAGAGGCUCUGUUUUGUAGGGUUACCAGUGUUGCACCCUAAAAGACAGAAUCACUUCAGUCAUGUCCCACUCAACCUAGUUUUCUGCUUGUGUCCCAAAUGGCCCCUCCAUAUUCCCUUUAUAGUGCACUACUCAUAGGGCCCUGGCCAAACGUAGUGCACUAUAUAGGGAAUAGUGUGCUAUUUGGGAUAUACAUUCUAUGUCCUUUUUCCACAGGUUACAAAAGGGUCCUGAUGUCUGAAUCACCACUACAGCACUUGUCUUUAAUGACUUUGGUGAACCGACCUGGUGAUCACAUACAGUAGACUACUGUAUAUCAGGGCUUUAAUGACUGUGGUGAACCGACAUGGUGAUCACAUACAGUAGACUACUGUAUAUCAGGGCUUUAAUGACUGUGGUGAACCGACAUGGUGAUCACAUACAGUAGACUACUGUAUAUCAGGGCUUUAAUGACUGUGGUGAACCGACAUGGUGAUCACAUACAGUAGACUACUGUAUAUCAGGGCUUUAGUGACUGUGGUGAACCGACAUGGUGAUCACAUACAGUAGAUUACUGUUUCUCAGGGCUUUAAUGACUGUGGUGAACCGACAUGGUGAUCACAUACAGUAGAUUACUGUAUAUCAGGGCUUUAAUGACUGUGGUGAACCGACAUGGUGAUCACAUACAGUAGACUACUGUAUAUCAGGGCUUUAGUGACUGUGGUGAACCGACAUAGUGAUCACAUACAGUAGAUUACUGUUUCUCAGGGCUUUUUAGAAUAGUUCUUAAAAUGUUGCUGUAGAGUCUGAACAGCAGCGAUGUAGUUAUAGUGAUGUAUUAUAUAUCGAUAAUGCUGUUAAAGACCCCCCACCCCCCUCUACUCCAUCAAUAAUGCUGUUAAAUACCCCCCACCCCUCUACUCCAUCGAUAAUGCUGUUAAAGACCCCCCACCCCCUCUACUCCAUCGAUAAUGCUGUUAAAUACCCCC